AUGUCCGCGAUGAACCUCGUUGUGAGCAUUACAUGCAACCCUCCAGUCAUCUCCAUCUUUGGCCCCAUCAAGGAGAGCACGAUUGACCGCCUCAACGAGACAAUUCCGAAUUCGUGCUCCACCACCAAUACUGGCAAUACGCCGUUUGCGCUGGUGCGCAAGGAAGAUCCCCCGCGCUGGUUCGGCGAGCUUCGCACUCAGUUUGCCACCGAGGACAUCGGCACAUCAACGUUGUUUGUCGCAGUUCUGGACGUGCUUGAGGAGGAGGGUGCCUGGAAGUUGCGCGACAGCGCCUCCAUGAACCACGACAACGGCAAGAUCACCUACAAGUUCUUCUUCGUCCGCGGUGCUCACUAG